AUGGCCCUUGCUGGGAUACUUGCCACGGGAGCUGCCGCCAAUUAUGGUCGUAUCAUCAUUCUCAGGAUCGUUGGAGAGCGCGUUGUAGCUCGACUGCGGUCUAAUCUUUUCCGACGCACCUUUGUUCAAGACGCAGAGUUCUUCGACGCCAAUCGGGUCGGAGAUCUUAUCUCCCGCUUGAGCUCCGAUACUAUCAUCGUGGGCAAAUCCAUCACGCAAAAUUUGUCCGACGGCCUUCGUUCAUUAGUUUCCGGUGCCGCAGGCUUUGGCCUUAUGGCUUAUGUCUCGUUGAAAUUGACAGGCAUUUUGUGUCUAUUGUUCCCCCCUGUGGCCAUCGGAGCAUUCUUCUACGGUCGUGCUAUUCGUAACCUGAGUCGCAAGAUUCAGAAGAGCCUUGGUACGCUGACCAAGAUCGCCGAGGAGCGAUUAGGAAAUGUACGAACUUCGCAGGCCUUUGCAGGCGAGUUGCUUGAGGUACAUCGAUAUAACAAGCAAGUACGAAAACUGUUCGACCUUGGCAAACGCGAGUCGUUUAUCAGCGCCACGUUCUUUUCUACCUCUGGUCUUGCAGGAAACAUGACGAUUUUAUCUCUCUUAUAUGUUGGUGGUGGUAUGGUCUCGAAUGGCGCUAUAUCCAUUGGCGAUUUGACAUCCUUUUUAAUGUAUACAGCCUACGCCGGUUCUUCGCUCUUUGGUCUUUCUUCCUUCUACUCCGAACUCAUGAAAGGCGUUGGAGCUGCCAGCCGAUUAUUCGAGCUUCAAGACCGAAACCCCACAAUUUCACCAACAAGAGGAACCAAAGUCACAUCAGCGCGUGGACCUAUUCGAUUCGAAAACUUGACAUUCAGCUACCCAACACGGCCUGCUGUAAACAUCUUCAACAACCUCAACUUCGAAAUUCCUCAAGGCACUAAUGUCGCUAUUGUCGGUCCAUCUGGUGGAGGCAAGUCAACCGUUGCAUCGUUGAUUUUACGUUUCUACAGCCCGACCACUGGUCGAAUCCUGGUGGAUGGAAAAGACAUUGCAACCAUGAAUGUCAAGUCUUUAAGACGUAAGAUUGGCAUAGUCGGCCAAGAGCCUGUACUCUUCUCGGGCACCAUCGCAGAAAACAUUGCGUAUGGUAAACCAAAUGCCACCAGAUCUGAGAUCAUUGCAGCAGCGCGGAAGGCCAACUGCCAAUUCAUAAGCGACUUCCCCGACGGACUUGAAACCUCGGUAGGAGCCCGCGGCGCUCAACUCUCCGGUGGCCAGAAACAACGCAUCGCCAUCGCACGCGCGCUGGUCAAAAACCCUGACAUCCUCAUCCUGGACGAAGCCACCUCAGCCCUCGACGCCGAGUCGGAAACCCUCGUCAACUCGGCCCUAGCCGCUCUUCUACGUGGGAACAACACCACCAUCUCCAUCGCGCACCGCCUCUCUACCAUCAAGCGCUCCGACACCAUCAUCGUAUUGGGUAAUGAUGGAAGAGUCGCUGAGCAGGGGAGUUAUAAGGAGUUGAGCGCGAGGAAAGAUGGCGCAUUCACGAAGUUGAUGGAGUGGCAGAUGAGUGGGGUUGAGACGGGGGCGGUGGGCGGCGUGGCACCUCCCGGCAGUGAGAAAGACCGGGAUAUGGCGGUCAGCGGGGAAGGGGGACGGGGCCCGGUGACGGAAAAAGAGGAGAUUCAGCACGAGCUGGACUCGGGGAAGGAAGAAGAGGAGAGUGAAGGUGACGGAGAGCGUGAAGAUGUUAAGAUUGAGGGUUCGAAGGCUCAAGAGGUGGUUGAGCAUGCCGUGGAGAAGAGUGGUAAGAAAUGA